UUAAAUGUAUCACGGAAUCAAAUAUUAUGUAUACAGAAUUGAUACUAUCGAUGAAAUAAAAUUCCCUGCAAGAAACAGGAGUGUGGAGGCACAUCCACACAAUCUCAAUGCAUACGUACCAAGAAUUAAGAAGUAGAAUUAUUAAGAAUGUGGUUUCCUAAUUUACACUAAUUUACACAGCGUGCUUGAUUUAAAACUUCAAACUGUCUGAUUGUAUUAUUCGUAACGUAACACACGGUCUAUUGUAAACAAUGCAUACGGGAAAACAUUGCGCCAUUAAUACUUCUAUCCCUAAAACCAAGCGCGACCCGCUCUCCGACGAUCUGUGACCUGAAUUCGUCGACAUCGAAUGGGCUGGUGAAGCUGUGCACAUGGUAUAACUUUCUCUUUUUCGACGGAGAACUGCCUUUUUUAUCCAGCUGUAAUGGUGUUUUCCAAGUCACCAUACGAAUGGAACUGCGUGGAUGUCUUGGGAAAUGAUGGAAAGUAUCGUUUUGGCCGCGUCGUGGAUGUGGCUGACAAUGAGAAAGGGCUCAUCGUUGACAUUUGUUGCGCAGACCAAAGGCGGGAGAUGAUUCCUUUUUCGAAGGUUUUCCACGCUUCGUACGGACGAAAGAUGUGCAGCCUAACAGCUUAUUACUACAACCACAACGUCAGCGAUGAUGAAGAUACUGCUCAGAAUCCGGAUACGGAAACUGACGACCUCGGGCCCGAGGUGGAAGUACUGGUGCGUGAGCAUCUGUCCGGACCGUGGAUCUGGUGGCCUGGCCGACUGCUCACAUCGUUCUCCCGAGCACGGAACAUUAACAUUAACAAGUUGGCGCAAGUCGAAUGGCACAGCGCGGAUGGCAAAAAGAAUGUGGACAUCUUCCCGUGCAUAUGCGUCCGCAAAUCCCUUAAGGGCUGGAAAAAGAAUUUGUCGCGAUUCAAAACGCAGCCUUCAGGAGCACCGCAAUGCGUUACCAAAAAUUCCUUUAACAAGCACCGUGUGCGCUUGGAAGAGACCACAGCAUUUCUGACGGAUUCCGUGUCAAAGAAAGAAUUCCUUCGCCUGCUCACCGAGUUUGUUCACUCUGAUGACGAUGACGACAAGUGGCCGUGGACCACUGAUUUUAAAAUGGAUGUUGUUUUUGUCGACAUAGUUGACGGGCAUCUGCAUUAUAUGACGCGCCCCAAGGCAAAGCCGGAACCAUCCCGAAUGCGAUCUCGCCUUCUAGCGCUUCCGGAAGGCAGCUCCAGACCAGAAAAAGAGCCCAAAAUCAUCGAAAUAGUAGACGAGGUUCUACGGUUUAUGAAACGAGAUGCAAAGGAAAAAGCCAGAGCACUGCACAUGAACACAGUUCGCGUACUCAACCGGGAAAUUCACCCUAGAAAGGUUGCCAGAAUUCAAACACUGCCUCCUGAGAUAAUCGGGGAAAUUUUGUCGUAUCCGGACACCAUAACGAAAACUCGACUCCAGCGCGUCUGCCGAGUUUGGACGACCCUUCUGAGCAAGAAUGCCAAAUUAAACGACACCAUCUGGAUCGCCGAUAGUCCGUUCUGGGAACGCGACUGGAUAAAACCGGACUAUGUAAUAGUAUCAACCAUUGUCAAAAAUCUAUCGCCAGCCAUCAAACGAAUUAUGCUGACAUAUGGCAGCCCUCGUUGGGUGGAGGGUACCGAAUAUGUACGGUGGUUUGACGGGGAAUUGCUUACUGCAGCCGGCAGUAUUCAUUAUGUUUCCGUAACGGGUGUCCCGGUCAAUCUCAAGGAACUGCUGUUGCACCGAUGGAAUCUGACCUUUCAAACUGGCCUGCACCAAGAUCCUCAGUUGGACUGCGAAGCACACGGCGAACCGCCCGACGAUCUCGAAUCCGAACGUUAUGUUCCAUACAAUCUUCCUUAUUUUUUCUUGCAAUGUGCCGCUUUGGAGCACAAAUACCUGCACUGCCAAGAACUCAGUUUGGUUAAUUGUCGCGUCACACUGUUUCACUUAACCUUGGACGAGGAUAAAGUACUGAGCAACAAUCCCGAACGGUCCCACUUAACGUUCGACGAGGAUAAAGAAGUGAGCAAUGCCGAGCUCGGGCACUGCAAGGUGGAAAUUGUGAUCAAUGUGGUGCGCGGUUCUAUUAAUUUGGCGGGGGGUCAUUUCGACUGUGCAUUAUGGGAGCUGUUGGAUAGUUCGUUACCGGUUCCCGAUAGGCGCCAAAAGAAAUUGGUAACGCGCUGGAUCAGGUGGCUAACCGAAAAUCAGGAUUCUGAACGGAAGCAAGCUCUUUUACAAAUGACCCUCAAGAUACUUUGCGAAGUGCAGACUUGUGAUCCCCGCAAGACAUUGCAGUAUCGUGGGAAAAUGUGGUGCAAGGACGGCUUGAAAGGCAUAAAGUUAAACAAGUUGUCCCGAAUUACAAUGCACUUUCUCAUCAAGUUGACUGCUCAGUUUCCGGAAACGGAUGAUCAGGAGGUUGCAACCGACCCUGACGAGUGAACAAAAUUUAGAGGGCUAUGUAGAUUUGCAGUACGUUAUUGUGUGUACAUGUGCAUCUUGUUGGAUCAAUUUAAAGAUGUUUUAAAUUGGUAAAUUAAGUAGUUCAAAUUAUCUGAUGGCCAUGUUGCCGCUAAUGCUACAUUAGUAUUGGCCCUGUGAAGGAAAGUUUAAUAAAAAUAC